CCACCGCCAGGAGAAGUCGUGCCGCCCGGCCCCGCCUACCGUCGCCUCGCCAAACGCGCUCUCGCGCCGGGCGCCUUUUGUCCCGGCCGCCUUGCCGUAGCGGGGCGGGGCUGAUUGGCCGCGAGCAGCGGGAAGGGGCGCAGGCGGCGGGCGGCAGCCUACCGGGGCAGAUCAAGAUGAGUCUACGGAAGCAAACCCCUAGUGACUUCCUAAAGCAAAUCAUUGGACGGCCAGUUGUUGUAAAAUUAAAUUCUGGAGUUGAUUAUCGAGGUGUCCUGGCUUGCCUGGAUGGGUAUAUGAAUAUAGCUCUAGAACAGACAGAAGAAUAUGUAAAUGGACAAUUGAAGAACAAGUAUGGGGACGCAUUUAUUCGAGGAAAUAAUGUACUCUACAUAAGCACACAGAAGAGGAGGAUGUGAAGAUGCCAGGAGGAGGCUUUUGUACUUCUGAACCUCUCUGAAUUGAUGAGCCCUAUUUGAUUUGUAGCUAAUAAUUGACAGGUGAAAUAAACAGGUGUUUAAAUUUUUUUUUAAUAAAUAUAAACCAGUGUAAACUUC